AUGGAAAUAAAAAAAUGUUAUGAAAAUUCAUGUAAUGAUAGAAAAAAAGAGAACAAUUUUGAAAAUAAUAAAGUUGGGGGAAUAAAAAAAAUAUACCCACCAGAUCGAAGGGAAAUAGGACGAGCCGCAUGGAUGAUUCUACAUACGGUGUCAGCUAACUAUCCAAAUAAUCCAACCGAAGAUGAGAAAAAAAAACAUUUAGAUUUUUUUUAUUCUUUUUCAAAUUUAUAUCCUUGUCAUAUUUGUAAAUUAGAUCUAUUAGAUAUAUUAAAAAAAUACAAAUUAACAUGUACAAAUAAAAUUGAAUUUUCAACAUUUAUUUUUAACUUACAUAAUAUGAUAAAUGAAGAAAUAGGAAAGGAUAUUUAUGUUUCGGACAACAUUCAAAAUAUAAUAGAUAAGUAUAAAACGGUAGAUUAA